AUGACCCCCCUACGCAAAACCAACCCAUUAAUAAAACUAAUUAAUCACUCACUCAUUGAUCUCCCGACCCCAUCCAACAUUUCUACAUGAUGAAACUUUGGCUCACUCCUAGGCGCUUGCCUAGUCCUCCAAAUCAUUACAGGACUAUUUCUAGCCAUACACUACACACCAGAUGCCUCCGCAGCCUUCUCAUCAGUAGCUCACAUUACCCGAGACGUAAACUAUGGCUGAAUCAUCCGCUAUCUUCACGCCAACGGCGCCUCAAUAUUCUUCAUCUGCCUAUUCCUACAUAUUGGCCGAGGCCUAUACUACGGCUCAUUCCUCUACCUAGAAACCUGAAACAUUGGCAUCAUCCUCCUACUCACAACUAUAGCAACAGCCUUCAUGGGCUAUGUCCUCCCAUGAGGACAAAUAUCUUUCUGAGGAGCCACAGUAAUCACAAACUUAUUGUCUGCCAUUCCAUACAUCGGAACAAACCUAGUCCAAUGAGUCUGAGGUGGCUAUUCAGUAGACAACGCCACACUCACACGCUUCUUCACCUUUCACUUCAUCCUACCCUUCAUCAUCACAGCCCUAGUAACCCUACACCUACUAUUCUUACACGAAACAGGAUCAAACAACCCCCUAGGCAUCCCCUCCCAACCGGACAAAGUCACCUUUCACCCCUACUAUACAACCAAAGACAUCCUAGGAAUACUCCUCCUCCUCCUCAUCCUAAUAAGCCUAGUACUAUUCUCACCCGACCUCCUGGGAGACCCAGACAACUACAUCCAAGCUAAUCCCUUAAGCACCCCUCCCCACAUCAAGCCUGAGUGAUACUUCCUAUUCGCAUACGCAAUCCUACGAUCCGUCCCCAAUAAAUUAGGAGGUGUAUUAGCCCUCCUAAUAUCAAUCCUCAUCCUAGUAGCAAUCCCUGCCCUCCACACAGCCAAACAACAAAGCAUGAUAUUUCGCCCACUAAGCCAACUCACGUACUGAUUCUUAGUAAUAAACCUACUAACCCUCACAUGAAUUGGAGGACAACCAGUAAGCUACCCAUUCACUACCAUCGGACAAGUAGCAUCCCUACUAUACUUCACCACAAUCCUAAUCCUAAUGCCAACCGCCUCCCUAAUCGAAAACAAAAUACUCAAAUGAACCU